GGAGUGUGCAGUAUCCGGGGGAGCGCACGAGGGACCAGACUGCGACUCGGGGUGCCGGUCCCGGGCAGGGGGAGCAGGAGUCGGCCAGAGAUGCCCUGUAUCCAAGCCCAAUAUGGGACACCAGCACCGAGCCCAGGACCCCGCGACCACCUGGCAAGCGACCCCCUGACCCCCGAGCUCAGUAAGCCCACCAUGGACCUGGCCAGCCCUGAGGCAGCCCCCACGGCCCCCACCGCCCUGCCCAGCUUCAGCACCUUCAUGGAUGGCUACACAGGGGAGUUUGACACCUUCCUCUACCAGCUGCCAGGAACAGCCCAGCCAUGCUCCUCGGCCUCCUCUUCGGCCUCCUCCACAUCCUCAUCCUCGGCCACCUCCCCCUCCUCUGCCUCCUUCAAGUUUGAGGACUUCCAGGUGUACGGAUGCUACCCUGGCCCCCUGAGCGCCCCCCUGGAUGAGACCCUGUCCUCCAGCGGCUCCGAUUACUACGGCAGCCCCUGCUCAGCGCCAUCACCGUCCACGCCCAGCUUCCAGCCAUCCCAGCUCUCUCCCUGGGAUGGCUCAUUCGGCCCCUUCUCACCCAGCCAGACGUACGAAGGCCUGCGGGCAUGGACAGAGCAACUGCCCAAGGCUUCCGGGCAUACCCAGCCGCCAGCCUUCUUUUCCUUCAGCCCCCCUACUGGCCCCAGCCCCAGCCUUGCCCAAAGCCCCUUGAAGCUGUUCCCUUCACAGGCCACCUGCCAGCUGGGGGAGAGGGAGAGUUAUUCCAUAUCAACGGCUUUCCCAGGCCUGGCGCCCACUUCUCCACACCUGGACGGCCCAGGGAUGCUGGACACACCCGUGCCGUCAGCCAAGGCCCGGAGUGGGGCUCCAGGUGGAAGCGAGGGCCGCUGUGCUGUGUGUGGGGACAACGCCUCAUGCCAGCAUUAUGGAGUCCGCACCUGCGAGGGCUGUAAGGGCUUCUUCAAGCGUACAGUGCAGAAAAACGCCAAGUACAUCUGCCUGGCUAACAAGGACUGCCCUGUGGACAAGAGGCGGCGAAACCGCUGCCAGUUCUGCCGCUUCCAGAAGUGCCUGGCCGUCGGCAUGGUGAAGGAAGUUGUCCGGACAGACAGCCUGAAGGGCCGGCGGGGGCGGCUCCCUUCAAAGCCCAAGCAGCCCCCGGAUGCCUCCCCUGCCAACCUCCUCACCUCCCUGGUCAGGGCGCACCUGGACUCUGGGCCCAGCACCGCCAAACUGGACUACUCCAAGUUCCAGGAGCUGGUGCUGCCCCACUUCGGGAAGGAGGAUGCUGGGGACGUGCAGCAGUUCUACGACCUGCUCUCGGGUUCCCUAGAGGUGAUCCGCAAGUGGGCCGAGAAGAUCCCAGGCUUCGCGGAGCUGUCCCCCAGCGACCAGGACCUGCUGCUGGAGUCGGCCUUCCUGGAGCUCUUCAUCCUUCGCCUGGCGUACCGGUCGAAGCCUGCCGAAGGGAAGCUCGUCUUCUGCUCCGGCCUGGUCCUGCACCGGCUGCAGUGCGCCCGUGGCUUCGGUGAUUGGAUUGACGGCAUCCUGGCCUUCUCUCGGUCCCUGCAUGGCUUGGUCGUCGACGUCCCUGCCUUCGCCUGCCUCUCUGCGCUUGUCCUCAUCACGGACCGGCAUGGGCUGCAGGAGCCUCGGCGGGUGGAGGAGCUACAGAAUCGCAUCGCCAGCUGCCUGAAGGAGCACGUCUCGACCACAGCAGGAGAGCCCCAGCCGGCCAGCUGCCUGUCGCGCCUGCUGGGCAAGCUGCCCGAGCUGCGGACCCUGGGCACCCAGGGCCUGCAGCGCAUCUUCUACCUCAAGCUGGAGGACCUGGUGCCCCCUCCGCCCAUCGUCGACAAGAUCUUUAUGGACACGCUGCCCUUCUGACCCCUGCCCAGGAACACGUGUGCAACGCGUGUGCACGCUCAGACGCCACCCCACGUGCCUUUAACCCACGGCCCAUGGCCCCUCGGAGCACCCCCGCCCCCAAAGCCCGGCCUGGGCUCGAGCUGCAGACUGGCCAGCCUCCCCACUUGGGCUGGGUGGUUUGGCAGGGAGCUCACACCCCGGGGGAGGGGGAUGCACUCACAGGGGGACCCCUACUAUUUGUCUUAACCGCCCCCAUGCCCGGCCCUGGCCUUCAUGUUUUUGUAAGAUAAACCGUUUUUAACACACACCGCUGUGCUGUAAAUAAGCCAAAUGCCGCUGUAAAUACAGGAAGGAAGAGGCCGAGAUGGGAGUGGGGGCUGGGAGGGAGGGACAGCCCCCACCAGCCGGGCAAGCCUUCCCCCCCUCCUUGCACCUGCUCUCUCUUCCCGCCCUCUUUCCACAUGUACAUAACCUUACUCUAGGAGGAAGACAAAUGACAGAUUCUGACAUUUAUAUUUGUGUAUUUUCCUGGAUUUGUAGUAUGUGACUUUUCUGAUUAAUAUAUUUAAUAUAUUGAAUAAAAAAUAGGCCUGUAG